AUGCACAGUGACAUCUACUGGUUAAUAACCGCUGCCAUCUCACCCGCACCUGAGGACAAAGGGGUGCAGAUGUACCUAUUGGAGGGCAGUGAUGACGAGGACCCUGAAGGAGGGGGUUGCUAUGACUGCCAUCAUGCAGAUGAUGAGAGAGCCACCGUUCAGGAUGAAACAUCCAAGAUCCAUAAGUACAUCAAGGACAAGAACCCAACAGGUGACAUGCUCAGCGAAUGUGGAGCGCAGAGGAAGAGAACCACCAGCCUCAUGUGCAUUGCUGUUGCCUGUAUGCCUUUCCAGUACUGUGUAGUUUUCAGCCUUUCUGCUCUGGUGUUAUUACCCUGCCGUGACGAAUUGGGCAACAUGGGGAAACAAGCCACGACAGUGAAAUUAUUACUAAUAUUAAUGAUUAUUACAACAGCAUCUUCAAUAACACCUGCACAAACUACGACAACUGCAGUAGUACCAACUACAGGUACAAAAACUACAGCAGCAACGACAGCCACUACAACUGUAGCCGCAACUACUACAAUUGUACCAACAACUAUAACAACUACAGCUGCAACUGCUACAACUGCAGCUUCAACUACUACAACUGUAGCAACAACUACUGCAACUAUACCAACAACUAUUAGAACUGCAGCCCCAACUACUACAACUGUACCCACAACUACUACAUCUGUACCAACAACUACAACUGUGCCAACAACCACUACAACUGCAGCCUCAACUACAACAACUGUAACUCCAAUAACUACAACUCUACAAACGACUGCAACUGUACCAAAAACAACUACAACAACAGCCCCAACUACUACAAAUGUACUUACAACUACGACAACUGUAGCCCCAACUGCUGCAACUGUACAGACAACUCCAACGGUAGCCCUAACAACUACAACUGUACCAACAACAACUACAACUGCAGCCCCAACUACUACAAAUGUACCUACAACUACGACAACUGUAGCCACAACUACUACAAAUGUACCAACAACUACUAAAACUGUGGCCCCAACUACUACAACUGUACCAACAACUACUACAACUGUACCAACAACUAUUACAACUGUAGCCCUAACUACUACAAUUGUACCAACAACUACUACAAAUGUACCAACAACAACUACAAUUGUAGCCCUGUCUAGUACAACUGUACCAACAACUACAACUGCAGCCCCAACUACUACAACUGUACCAACUACUACUACAACUGUAGCCCCAACUACAACUGUACCAACAACAACUACAACUGUAGCCCCGUCUAGUACAACUGUACCAACAUCUACUACAACUAUAGCUCCAACUACUACAAAUGUACCAACAACCACUACUACUGCAACCGAAACUACUACAACUGAAUGUACAACUAUGACAAAUAAAGCCUUAACGACUACAACUAUACCAACAACAACUACAACUGCAGCCACAACUACAACAACUGUACCUACAACAACUUCAACUCCAGCCGCAACUACUACAACUGUACCAACAACUACUACAACUGUAGCCCUAACUACUACAAUUGGACCAACAACUACUACAACUGUACCAACAGCAACGACAAUUGUAGCCCGGUCUAGUACAACUGUACCAACAACUACAACUGCAGCCCCAACUACUACAACUGUACCUACAACUAUGACAACUGUAGCCCAAACUAUUAUAACUGUAUCCCCAUCUAAUACAACUGUACCAACAACAACUACAACUGCAGCCCCAACUACUACAACUGCAGCCUCAACUACAACAAACAUACCUACAACAACUUCAACUCCAGCCCCAACUACUACAACUGUACCAACUACUACUACAACUGUAGCCCCAACUACAACUGUACCAACAACUACAACUGUAGCCCCGUCUAGUACAACUGUACCAACGACUGCAACUGUAGCCCCAUCUACUACAACUGCAGCCUCAACUACAACAAAUAUACCUACAACAACUUCAACUCCAGCCCCAACUACUACAACUGUACCAACUACUACUACAACUGUAGCCCCAACUACAACUGUACCAACAACAACUACAACUGUAGCCCCAUCUAGUACAACUGUACCAACAACAACUACAACUGCAACCAGUACAACUGUACCAACAACUACUACAACUUCAGCCCCAACUACAACAACUGUACCUGCAACAACUUCAACUGCAGCUCCAACUACUACAUCUGAACCAACAACUACUACAAUUAUAGCACCAACUACUACAACUGCAGCCCCAACUAUUACAACUGUACCUACAACUACGACAAUUGUAGCCCCAACUGUACCAACAUCUACUACAACUAUAGCUCCACCUACUACAAAUGUACCAACAUUUACUACAACUGUGGCCCCAACUACAACUGUACCAACAACUACUACAACUGUAGCCCUAACUACUACAAUUGUACCAACAACUACUACAACUGUACCAACAACAACUACAAUUGUAGCCCCGUCUAGUACAACUACAACUGUAACCCCCACUACAAAAACUGUAUCAACAACAACCACAACGGUAGCCCCAUCUACUACAACUGCACCUACAACAACUACAACUGCAUACAACUGUACCAACAACAACUACAACUGCAACUACUACAACUGUACCUACAACUAUGACAACUGUAGCCCCAACUACUACAAUGGCACCAAAGACUACAACUAUAGCCACAACCAGUACAACUGUACCAACAACUACUACAACUUCAGCCCCAACUACAACAACUGUACCUGCAACAACUUCAACUGCAGCCCCAACUACUACAUCUGUACCAACGACUACUACAAUUAUAGCACCAACUACUACAACUGCAGCCCCAACUAUUACAACUGUACCUACAACUACGACAACUGUAGCCCCAACUGUACCAACAUCUACUACAACUAUAGCUCCAACUACUACAAAUCCGAAACUACUGCAACUGAACCUACAACUACGACAAAUAAAGCCCAAACGACUACAACUAUACCAACAACUACAACGGUAGCCCCAUAUACUACAACUGCACCUACAACAACUACAACUGCAGCUCCAACUACUACAAAUGUACCUACAACUAUUACAACUGCAGCCACAACUACAACAACUGUACCUACAACAACUUCAACUCCAGCCCCAACUACUACAACUGUACCAACAACUACUACAACUGUACCAACAACAACUACAAUUGUAGCCCCGUCUAGUACAACUGUACCAACUACAACUACAACUGCAGCCCCAACUACUACAACUGUACCUACAACUAUGAAAACUGUAGCAACGACUACAACUGUCGCCCCAUCUACUACAACUGUACCAACAACAACUACAACUGCAGCCCCAACUACAACAAAUAUACCUACAACAACUUCAACUCCAGCCCCAAGUACUACAACUAUACCAACUACUACUACAACUGUAGCCCCAACUACAACUGUACCAACAACAACUACAAAUGUAGCCCCGUCUAGUACAACUGUACCAACAACAACUACAAGCGCAACUACUACAACUGUACCUACAACAACUUCAACAGCAGCCCCAACUACUACAACUGUACCAACAACUACUACAAUUUUAGCACCAACUACUACAACUGUACCAGCAACUACUACAACUACAGUCCCAACUACUACAACUGUAACUCCAACAACAACUCCAACAACAACAACAACUGUACAAACAACUACAACUGCACAAACAACUACAACUGCAGCCCCAACUACUACAGCUCAACCAACAACUACUACAAUUGCAGCACCAACUACCACAACUGUACCAGCAGCUACUACAACUGCAGACCCAACUACAACAACUGUUCCUCCAACUACUACAACUGUAACUCCCACUACAACUGUACAAACAACUACAAUGGUAGCCCAAACAACAACAACUGCACAAACAACUACUACAACUGCACAACCAACUAGUACAACUGUAGCCCCUACUACUACAACUGUAGCAACAACUACAACGGUAGCCCCAACUACUUCAACUGUACCAACAAUUACUACAACUGCAUUCCCAACUACUACAACUGUACCUACAACUACAACAUAUGUAGCUCCGACUACUACAAAUGCCCUAACAACUACUACAACCGUGGCCCCAACAACUACAACUGUACCAACAACCACUACUAUUGCAGCCGAAACUACUACAAAUGAACCUACAACUACGACAAAUAAAACCCCAACGACUACAACUGCACCUACAACAACUACAACUGUAGCCCCAUCUACUACAACUGUACCUACAACAACUACAAAUGCAGCUCCAAUUACUACAACAGUACCUACAACAACUUCAACUCCAGCCCCAACCCCGUCUAGUACAACUGUACCAACAACAACUACAAGCGCAACUACUACAACUGUACCUACAACAACUUCAACAGCAGCCCCAACUACUACAACUUACAACUGCACCAAAGACUACAACUAUAGCCCCAACCAGUACGACUGUAUCAACAGCUACUACAACUUCAGCCCCAACUACAACAACUUUACCUGCAACAACUUCAACAGCAGCCCCAACUACUACAACUGUACCAACAACUACUACAAUUGUAGCACCAACCCCAACUACAACAACUGUACCAACAACAACUUCAACUCCAUCCUCAACUACUACAACUAUACCAACAACUACUACAACAGUAGCCCCAACUACUACAAUUGUACCAACAACUUCUACAACUGUACCAACACCAACUACAACUGUAACCCCAACUACUACAACUGUACCUACAACGAUGACAACUGUAGCCCCAACUACUACAACUGA